GCGCGGCCUGCAGUCCCGGCAGCUCGAGCGGCCGAGGGGAGAAAGCGGGCGGAGCGCGAGCGUGCGGCGAGACCAACGGAAAAUGCCGAAUAAAAGCAAGAAAGACAAGGAGCCCAACAAACCCAGCAAGAGCGCCAAGAGCGGCGGCAAAGAUGGUGCCGAGAACACGGAAGAGGUCCAACCACCACCAGGUGCAAAUAAACGUCCCAGUAAUAGUGCUCCACCUCAAACCCAACUCAAUAAAAUCAAAUACUCUGGAGGGCCACAGAUUGUGAAGAAAGAGAGACGCCAAAGCUCAUCUCGCUUCAACCUAGCCAAAAACCGAGAACUUCAGAAAUUGCCGGCUCUUAAAGAUGCACAGACUCAUGAGAGAGAAGAUUUGUUUGUUCAAAAGUUACGACAAUGCUGCGUCCUCUUCGAUUUUGUCUCUGACCCCCUCAGUGACCUCAAAUACAAAGAGGUGAAACGGGCAGGUUUGAAUGAAAUGGUGGAGUACAUCACACACAACCGGGAUGUCAUUACAGAAGCUAUUUACCCUGAGGCGGUUAUUAUGUUUUCAAUAAAUCUGUUUAGGACAUUACCACCAUCAUCUAAUCCUACUGGGGCGGAAUUUGAUCCAGAGGAAGAUGAACCCACACUUGAAGCAGCCUGGCCACAUCUUCAGCUUGUCUACGAGUUUUUCCUGAGGUUUCUGGAGUGUGCCGAUUUUCAACCAAAUGUAGCGAAAAAGUAUGUUGACCAGAAAUUCGUCUUGUCGCUGUUGGAAUUGUUUGACAGUGAGGAUCCAAGGGAAAGAGAUUUCCUUAAGACUAUUCUUCAUAGGAUCUACGGAAAGUUCCUUGGCCUAAGGGCAUACAUCCGGAGGCAAAUCAAUAAUAUCUUUUACAGGUUUAUCUACGAGACUGAGCACCAUAAUGGGAUUGCAGAGCUUCUGGAAAUUUUGGGCAGUAUCAUCAAUGGAUUUGCAUUGCCUUUGAAAGAAGAGCAUAAAAUGUUCCUGAUCAGAGUAUUACUGCCCCUGCACAAAGUGAAAAGUCUGAGUGUCUACCACCCACAGCUGGCCUACUGUGUGGUGCAGUUCCUUGAGAAAGACAGCAGCCUUACAGAGCCAGUCAUUGUAGGUUUGCUCAAGUUCUGGCCGAAAACGCACAGUCCAAAGGAAGUGAUGUUUCUGAAUGAACUGGAGGAAAUUCUCGAUGUCAUCGAACCUUCGGAAUUUGUGAAAGUAAUGGAGCCAUUGUUCCGACAGCUUGCCAAAUGUGUCUCCAGUCCACACUUUCAGGUGGCAGAGCGUGCUCUCUAUUAUUGGAAUAAUGAGUAUAUCAUGAGUUUGAUCAGUGAUAACGCAGCCAAGAUCCUCCCUAUAAUGUUCCCUGCUCUCUACAAAAACUCUAAAAGUCAUUGGAACAAGACAAUCCAUGGAUUAAUUUACAAUGCAUUGAAGCUAUUUAUGGAGAUGAAUCAGAAGCUUUUUGAUGAUUGCACUCAACAGUACAAAGCAGAGAAGCAAAAGGAGAAAUUCAAACUUAAGGAACGUGAAGAGAUAUGGCAAAAGAUCGAAAAUCUGGCACAACAUAAUCCUCAGGCCAGUGCGUACAUUGAGACAUCUGCAGUCAGCCCUGUAUUUUCCAUGGAAACAGAGACUCCCACUACUGAGGACAUCCAGCUGCUCAAGAAGGCGGUGGAGACUGAGGCUGUUCAGGUGAAAGAGAAGAUUAAAAAAGAGAAAGCUUUGCUACGCCGGAAGUCAGACCUGCCUCAGGAUGUAUACACUAUAAAGGCUCUCGAAGCACACAAGCGGCCAGAGGAAUUCCUCAGCUCGAACCAGGAGGCUCUCUGACGGGCAGUGCCUGCCCCACCCCUGGCCUCAGUACCAGGAUGUUUGCAGAGACACACUCUGUCAGUGUAAAGCAUAGAAUGAACUGUUGAUCAGUGUUUAUGUAAAGCUGCAUCCAUUCUUUUGUUACCUGCUUCUUUCACAUUUUCUCCAUUUGCUGUUGUUUCUCCUGCACCCCUCCACAGCCCAGUCUGUUCCAGUCUGUCAGUUGGAUGGGUUUGUAUUUCAUGGUCAUGCAAGAAAAUCACAUGGACAAUAGCAAACAUAAGAUGCCCAGAGUCAGCAAGAAAGCAAACAGCUACAAGAGCCCAGAGAUGUAGUCUGCACUGUCCCGUCAGUUUGUCUCCAGCCUAAAGGUAGUCUGCAUAGUUCCCUCAGUUUGUGUUUAGCCUGAAGGUGGUGUGUACUGUCCCAUGACUUUUUCUAACCCUAUGGCCAGUGUGCACAGCCCCCUGUGGCUCUGUCUGAUCUGUGGCUGGUAUGCACAGCCCCCUGUGGCCCUGUCCAGCCAAUGGUUAGUCUGCAUUGUCUUGACUGUUCAGCCAACCACCUGACUUUAUUGUAGACUGACUAGCCCGUUAUUGAGAAAUCAAUAGUUUUGUUUUGUACAAAUCAUUGUAAAGGUUGAAAAGUAGAUACCCAGAAAUGGCACCAAGUACCUGUCAAUGCUCUGUGUUUUUAUGUUUCUCUCCUUUUGAUCCUUUCUCCACUAAACAGUUUGGCCUGACAAUGUGAUGUGAUUCUACAGGUGUCUGCUAUCCUCUCAUCAUUUCGUGUGGUCAAGCCCUUUAGCCAUAGGAUAUAUUACUCUGUCCCUGUCCACUGCAACACUUGUCAAGACAGCAAUUUGAGAAGCUUGGCUGUUAUACCCCCUUCUAUCCCAAUAGAGCUAAAGUCAAUUGUACUAAACUACAACUUUACCAGAGAGGGGCUUGAGACCAGCCGGGAAAUCUCAACAUCACACUAGUCAGUGCUGAUAUUCUGAUCAAAAUGUCCAAAUGGAGUGAAGUUCCAUUCAGGGAAAUUCUCCAGCAAAUAAUUUAGUCUGCUGCCCUCGAGUUCCUUUUACUCACUUUGUGCAAUGAGCAGUUAUGUAAUAUUCACUUGAAUUGUUCAGUUGAACAUUCAAUUAUGUAAUAUUCAUUGAACAAUAGAUAAAUGAAUAUAACAGAGACACAUUCGGGCGUGGCAGUGGUCAUCCUUGAAAUCUGGCAUUCAUACUCCCCGCGCAGCAGUGCUGAUGAUCACUGUACUGUACUAAGCUAGUCCUGUGGCAACACCUUCAGAAAGUGAAUUGCCUUUUGUUCUUUUUUAAAAUGUCAUGUUAUUAACUGUGAUCAUGAGGAUUGUAACCCUGAUCAUUGUAGGCAUGAUCCAUUUCUGCAGCUUCUCCUAACUGCUUCCUGCCACGCUCCUUUCCCACCAAUGAACAUAAUGCAUUUGAUAGUAUUUGAUAGUUUUUCCUCUUAACAAAAUCAUGUCAAAGUAUUAAGUGGACAGACAAAGGCUGUAUUAUUAAAUAAUAUUAAUGCCAUGCUGCAGCAGAGGCUGAAGACAUCCAAAUGUUGGACUAUAGGGCUGCCACACAGUGGAGGCUUGUCCUGUCAGCAUUUUGAGUUUCCACAUUAUAACAAGAACAAUGGUCAUUUAUACAUUAGUCUGUAUUUGCAUAGCUAAUUACUGUUUCAGACAUGUGAUACCAAUAAAAUGGGGAUUACAUUCACCUACCGAGAUUAAAUGGAGUGUUGGGUUGGGGGCAAACUGGGGUCUCUCUAAACUCGGGUUUGCAUUCAAGUCCCACACUCUUCCCCUCCCACACUGACACUUGCUUUCCAAUAGCAAUGGAAAGAGUGUGACAUAGCCAACGUGUCAAGGUAACAGGGUAGUGGCUGAUGGUAAGCGGUAGUGGGAACCUUUUCUGGUUUCUUCCCCAUCUCUUCUGUGCCUGUGAGAUCAGCUUUCAAUCCUUUUCAAUAACUCCAACAAACUUACAAACUUUACAACUGAUGUUUUACAUUACAUGGAAAAUUCAAGCCCAGUAAAAUUAGUAAUUCUUUUUGAUAAUACUGAAACUGUUCUUUUGAAUUUAUUCAAGGAUAUAAUGUACAAUUGGGUUAUAGACUAAGGUGGCAAUGGCCUCCAUUCUUUGUGUGAGAGAGCUUGUCAGACAACUAUCUUUACAGUAUUCAAGAUUCAUUCAGUUGUUUUAAUACUGCAGAAAACCUCAAAGCAAUAUUACUUUGAGGUUCACUUUGCCAAAAUUCCUUCAUUUUGAUCUGAAAUCCAUUGUAUAUAUUGUUGUAGGAAUGUACACUGCCCCAGCUAUCACUCAACAUUAGUGACAGCCUGGUUUCAUUGGCACUUUUCUCAGAGACGAAUGUUGUGAUUUUUAAGAGUCUGCUCAAGUAUAAUUGAGGCAGAAAUUUCAUUGCAGGCUCAUUACAGAAGUGGUGUUGAAGUGGAGAGUUAGCAGCUCAAAGAGGAUCUGAGCAUCCUGCAGGAAACUAGAAUGCAGGUACAGCAGGUAAUAUGAAAGGCCAAUGAAAUUUCUCCAUUUAUUGCUGAAGGCAUAUAGUAUAAGUAGUCUUGCUGUAAUUGUUCAAGGCAUUAGUAAGACUGGAAUAUUGUGUACAAUUUGAUCCCUACUUGAGGAAUGUAGUUGCAUUGGAAGCAGUUCAGAGGAGCUUCACUAGAUUUGUUUCCAGAGGGGAAGAUUUCUAGAGUUUAGAAGGAUAUCUAAUUGAGGUAUGCUAAAGGGGGCUGACAAAGUAGACUUUGUCUUCCCCGUGUGGGGCAUUCAUUCAGUCUAAAAUGAAAGGUCAUGAGAGGUUUUAGGAUUAUGGAUAGCAGAUUUAUAAGAGAUAAGGAGAAAUUACUUCUCUCAAGGGUCGUGAAUCAGUGGACUUUCCUAACCCAGAGUGGAUGUUGGGACAUUGUGUAAAUUUCAGCAGGACAUGGACAGAUUGUUUUAAAUAGCAAUGGGUUGAAAGUUUAUGGAGACCAAGCAGGAAAGUGGAUUCGAGGCCCAGGUGAGAUAGGCCAUGAUUGUAUUAAAUGGUAGAGCAGCCUGGAUUGGUUGGAAUGCCAACUCCUGCUUUUAGCUCUAAAUUUAGGAACCUAAGAACUAUAAAGACUCUGUCUGCUUGUUAUAGAUGGCUAAGACCGUAAGACCUUGUAGCAGAAGUUGGCCAUUUAGCCCAUCAACUUUGCUGUGUCUUCCAGUGAGAUCGUGACAAGUCUGCUAAUCCUUCACUCCACUUUACUGUCUUUUCCCUAUGAACCAUCGAUUCCCUUACUGUUUAAAAAUCUGUUUGCCUCAACCAUGAAUAUACUUAAUGACUGAAGCUCAAUAGCCCUCUAUGAUUUAAAAACAAAAUCCACAGAUCCGCUACCCUCAGAGAUGGAAUUCAUUUUUAUUUCUUUUCUUAAAUGUGCAGCCCCUUAUUCUGAAAUUAUGCUCUCUGAUUUUGAUCCUCUGGCACUAAAAGAAGCAAGGUAUUUCUCUGUAUCUUGGCUUAUAUUACUUGUCAAACCCAUACAGUUAGAGAGAGGCGCAAUGGUUAUUUAUUCACUUGCUCGGAUUGGAAAUUAAUUGGAAUCACGUGGUUAGUUGUAACUUACUAGGAAAUGAUGAGGUGGUAAUACUAGACCACAGUUGUUAAAGAAGUUGGGGGAGGAAAAAAAAACACAGGAAGAAGGAAUUAUAAAAAGAGAAAUGGAAUAAUGUAUUUUGUCCUAGGGAUCUGUGCUGGGGUCUCUUUUAUGCUGUUUUAUGUAGAAAUAAUUUCAAAUUGAAUAUGCAAAUGAUCUCCAAUAUCACUGAUGACAAAGUAGGGACAAGACAAAUUGUGAUCAAGAUUGCAGUGGAAAUAAGCUAGUAGGAGAGUGGACGGACAUGAUAGGUGCAGGAAGGGGGUAGGAAUACAAGAGCAGGGAAGUCUUACUGCAGUUUUACAAGGUACUGGUGAAACCAUAUCUGGUGUGUUGAGAGCAAUUUUGGUGAUCUUAUUUAAUUUCAUCUCAGGCAGAUCAGAGAAGAUUAAAAUUAGGAUGACACCACACUGUCGAGAUAUUGUCUUUAGAGCAAACACCAAACAGUUUGGGACUCUACUCAUUGCAGUUUAGAAGAGUGAUACUUGAUCUCCUUGAUUUGCAUAGGUUACUCAAGAGGCUUGACAGAGUAACUGCUGAGAGAUCGUUUCCCUUCAAGGGGAGAGUCUAGACCAGAUGACAUAGUCUCAGAAUAAAGGACUGCCAAUUUAAGACUCAGAUGAGGAAUUUCUUCUGUGAGGAUUGACAGUUUUUGAAACUCCUAGCCACAGAGAGCUGUGGGAGCAGAGUUCUUGUGUAUAUUUAAGGCUCAGAUAGAUAGGCUGUCGAUCAGUAAAGGAAUUGGGGUUAUGGAAAAAAGGCAGAGAAGUUGACAUGAGGAAUGUCAGAUCAGCCAUGUUCCUAUUGAAUGGCAGAGUAGGCUUGAGGGGCCAAACAGCCUACUCCUGUUAGUAUUUCUUAUGGUUUGAUAGGUGAAGGUUGUUGACCAAAAUUGCAUUAUUAAUAUGGGAUGAAACGAGUGAAUGAGUGGAGAUGCAUAGAGGUCUUUGAGUGGCCAAAAAGAAGUUAGUUAUUGGCUAAGAAAUUUUAUUGUUAAGGAAGAAAAUGAUCCUGAGUCAUACUAGAUGUCUGAGAGGUUGUGGGGCAGCAUGGUAACUCAGUGGUUAGCACUGCUGCCUCUCCGUGCCGGAGACCCAGGUUCAGUCCCAGCCUGGGGCGACUGUUAAUUGAGUUUGCACAUUCUCUCCAUGUCUGUGUGGGUUUCCUCCCACAGCCCAAAGAUGUACAGGUUAGAUGGGUUGGCCAUGCUAAACUGGCUAUAGUGUCCAGACUAAGUGGAUUAGCUGCAGGAAAUGCAGGGUUAUCAAAAUAAAGAACAAAGAAAAUUACAGCAUAGGAACAGGUCCUUCGGCCCUCCAAGCCUGUGCUGAUCGAGAUCCUCUGUCUGAACCUGUCAUCUAUUUUCAAAAGGUCUGUAUCCAUUUGCUCCCUGCCCAUCCAUGUACCUGUCCAGAUAUAUCUUAAAAUACGCUAACGUGUCUGCGUCUACCACCUCCGCUGGCAACACGUUCCAGGCACCCACCAUUCUCUGUGUAAAGAACUUUCCACGCGUAUCUCCCUUAAACGUUUCUCCUCUCACUUUGAACUCACGACCCGUAGUAAUUGAGUCCCCCACUCUGGUUGGGGGGGGGCGGGGGGAGGAGAGAGAAGAAGCUUCUUGCUAUCCACCCUGUCUAUACCCCUCAUGAUUUUGUAGACCUCAAUCAGGUGCCCCCUCAAUCUCGGUCUUUCUAAUAUAAAUAAUCCUAAUCUACUCAACCUUUCUUCAUAGCUAGCACCCUCCAUACCAGGCAACAUCCUGGUGAACCUCCUCUGCACCCUCUCCAAAGCAUCCACAUCCUUUUGAUAAUGUGGCAACCAGAACUGUACACUGUACUCCAAAUGUGGCUGAACCAAAGUCUUACACAACUGUAACAUGACCUGCCAACUCUUGUACUCAAUACCCCGUCCGAUAAAGGAAAGCAUGCCAUAUGCCGCCUUGACCACCCUAUUGACCUGCGUUGCCACCUUCAAGGAACAAUGGACCUGAACACCCAGAUCUCUCUGUACAUCAGUUUUCCCCAGGACUUUUCCACUUACUGUACAAUUCGCUGUUGAAUUAGAUUUUCCAAAAUGCAUCACCUUGCAUUUGCCCGGAUUGAACUCCAUCUGCCGUUUAUCUGCCCAACUCUCCAGUCUAUCUAUAUUCUGCUGUAAUCUCUGACAGUCCCCUUCACUAUCAGCUACUCCACCAAUCUUUGUGUCAUCUGCAACCUUGCUGAUCAGACCACCUACACCUUCCUCCAGAUCAUUUACAUAUAUCACAAACAAUAGUGGUCUCAGCACAGAUCCCUGUGGAACACCACUGGUCACAGGUCUCCAAUUUGAGAAACCCCCUUCCACUACUACUGUCUCCUGUUGCCCAGCAGUUUUUUUUUUAAUCCAUCUAGCUAGCACAUGCUGGACCCCAUGUGACUUCACUUUCUCCAUCAGCCUGUUAUGAGGAAUAGUUUGGGGGAAUGUGGAUUUGGGUGGGAUACCCUUUGAAGGGUCGCAGUGGACUCAUGGGCUGUAUAGCCUACUUCCACGCUGUAGAGAUUCUCUGAUUAAAGGGUGCAGCUAGAGUUUUAAAUGCAAAUUUGUGAACCCUGUUCUAAGGAUAUUGGCACUAAAGGCUGUAGUAAGGGUUUCAGUGGAAUAUUCCUGCUGUUUUCUCAUCGGGACCAUUAGGAUGUAGAGAUGAUGUGGUUUCCAUGACCCAAGUCGCCUUAGUCCAUUGCUCUAUUCACAACACAAUGCACCGUUCUCAAACACAUAUGGUCUGCGCAAUUAUUUGAGGUUAUAGUCAUCUCAAUAGUAUAUAAGACAGUUGCCAACACUACUGACUGAGGGAAACUAGAGAAGUCGUCUUGUGGCAAAAUGGUGUACCCUUAUAAUCCUGGGGGAACAUAGACACCAAUCUGUAGCUUGAUGGCGUACGUUUUGCUGACCGAGAGAAGGUAUUCUGCAAUGUUACGGUUUAGCUUUACUGACCUCAUUGUUCACUCCUGUCCAAAAUCUGUCAUGUUAAAUGAUUAAUUGCACCGAUGCAAUGUAUUCAUUUGAUAAUCCUUUGUAGGGUCACAGAGGUUUCUGUUGUUGUGCAGAAGAGGGGUUUAGAAAUAAACAACCUUAUCAAACGUCA